AUGGACAGAUUUGGUGCAGAUGAGAAAGAGGUGGUGAGACGAGAGGGUCAAAAGAACAGAAGAGAAUCCAAAAUAGCAAAGAUGAGGAAAGACCUAAGGCAACUUAAGAAAAGAUAUAAUCAGGCAUCAGAGGAUGAAAAACCAGCAUUAUCUGAGCUGAGGGACAACAUCAGGAAGAAACUCAAGAUCACAAGGAGAGCAGAGAGAACUAGGAAAAGGAGGAAAAAGAGAGAGAAAGCAAGAGCUCAAUUUACAUCAGAUCCUUUCCAAUUUACAUCAAGAUUGUUGGGGAAGAAAGGAUCAGGACAACUAAAAGCUAGUAAAGAGGAAGUAGAAGAAUAUUUAAGAGAAAUGCACAGUGAUCCAAAAAGGGAAGAUGAACUCCCAGAUAUAGAACAACUUAUACGUCCGGAGGAUCCAGAGCAGGUUUUUGAUGAAUCACCACCAAAGUUGAAAGAGGUAGUAGAUGUUAUCAAGAAAGGAAGGGCAGCAUCAGCACCAGGUCCAAAUGGAGUACCAUAUAAGGUAUACAAGAACUGUCAGAGAAUUACAAGACGUCUAUGGAAGUUAAUAAGAGUCAUCUGGAGAAGAGGUCGACUAGCAGAGAGUUGGCACAAGGCAGAAGGGUGCUUUAUACCAAAGGAAGAGAAGUCAGAGACAUUAAAACAGUUUAGAACCAUCUCACUGUUAAAUGUAGAAGGAAAGAUAUUUCUUGCUAUUCUUGCUAAAAGGAUGACAAACUACAUGCUGAGCAACGAGUACAUUGACAUUGCAGUACAGAAAGGAGGGGUACCAGGUGUAUCAGGCUGCAUUGAACAUACAAGCGUAUUAUCACAGAUAAUCCGAGAAGCGAAAGAUUCAAAGGGAGAGCUCGCAGUUGUCUGGCUGGAUUUAGCGAAUGCAUAUGGGACAGUACCACACAAGUUAGUUGAGUUGAUGCUGGAGAGAUACCAUGUACCUGACGGUGUAAGAGAGCUGAUAAGAGAGUACUUCAACCAUCUGCAGCUGAGAUUUACCGUUGGGGAUUUUACAACAUCAUGGCAACGUUUAGAAGUGGGAAUAGUGACAGGAUGCACGAUAUCUGUCAUCCUUUUCUCCGCAGCAAUGAAUAUGAUUGUGAAGUCAGUAGAGAAGAAGAGCAGAGGUCCAUGGAUGAAGUCAGGAGUACGGCAACCACCAGGAAGAGCAUUCAUGGAUGAUAUGACAAUAAGCACAAAGACAGUUAUCGAAGCCAGGUGGACACUACAAGAGCUUGAUAAGAUGAUCACCUGGGCAAGAAUGAAAGUGAAGCCUAGCAAAUCCAGAAGUUUGGUAGUGAAGAAUGGUAAAGUCAAGGAGGAAAGGUUUAGAAUAGGAGACGAAAUAAUACCAACAGUCUCAGAGAAGCCAGUUAAGUGUCUCGGAAAAUGGUUCAACAACACCUUGUCAGAUAAGUUGAAUGUGGAAGAUACAUAUAAGCAGUUGGACGACUGGUUAAAGGCAGUAGAUAAGAGUGGACUACCAGGAAAGUACAAGGCAUGGAUUUACCAGCAUGGGAUAUUGCCUCGGCUGCUGUGGCCACUUCUUGUGUAUGAUGUACCAAUGACAACGAUAGAGGGAAUGGAAAGAAUAUCAAACAGUUACUUACGUAGAUGGCUUGGAGUACCACGCAGUUUCAGCAGUGUGGGCCUAUACAGUUUAGGAACCAAGUUACAGCUACCACUCAAGUCAAUCACUGAGGAAUUCAAGGUGACCAAGGUUAGACAACAUCUGACGUUAAAAAACAGCAGGGAUGAGAAAGUACGAUCAGCAAAAGUAGAAAUAAGAACUGGAAGGAAGUGGUCAACAAAGAAGACGAUAGAAGAUGCUGAAUCACGAUUAAAGCACAGUGAGAUAGUGGGCAGAGUUGCAGUUGGAAGACAAGGGCUGGAUGUUACACCUACAGCAAAAUGGAGAACAGCAACAGUGGAAGAAAAAAGACAUCUGGUACAGAAAGAGGUACGAUCGAUGGAAGAAGAAAGUAGAAUGGUAAAGGCAGUGAGCAUGAAGAAGCAGGGAAGCUGGUUAAACUGGGAGGGAGCAAGACAGCAGAAGUUAGGAUGGAAUGAGAUCUGGAAGAUGGAGCCACAUAGGUUGCAAUUUAAGCUGAAGUCAGUAUAUGAUGUAUUGCCAAGCCCAACAAAUCUAGCAACAUGGGGAUUGAUAGAUGACCCAAAGUGUGUUCUUUGUGGUAAGCCAGCAAACUUGGAGCACAUCUUAUCAUCAUGCUCGAGUGCUUUGAAAGACGGGAGGUAUACAUGGCGACACGACAAGGUAUUAGGGACACUAGCAGACACCCUAGAGAGAAACAUCAGGAAGCCAAGGAAAAACAAGGAAGGACUUACUUUUGUCAAUUUUGUUAAGGAAGGAGAGAAAGGUCAGAAGAAGAAGGUGGAAGGAAGUGGUUUAUUGGUAACAGCAACUGAUUGGCAAAUGUUGGUAGAUCUUAAACAGAAGUUACAAUUCCCUCCACAGAUUGCAGUAACAAACCAGAGACCUGACAUCGUCAUUUGGUCCGCCUCAACAAAACAGGCAAUCCUGCUGGAACUAACUGUACCAUGGGAAGAAAGAAUAGAAGAUGCCUACGAGAGAAAGAGACUGAAGUACCAAGAUCUACUUGCAGAAUGUAGAGACAAUGGAUGGCGGGUUUGGUUAUUUCCAGUGGAAGUGGGAAGCAGAGGGUUUGUUUGA